AUGGAUAGAAUAUUCAAUACAAGUAGAGUCGAAAAUGAGUUGGAUUACGAUGAAAACGAUGACUCUCAGUCAAAUUCAGAUGGUUCUUUGCAGAGCUGGAUAAGCUGGUUCUGCUCGCUGUCAGGGCACGAGUUUUACUUGGAAGUACCAGAGGAUUUCAUCGAGGACGAGUUCAACUUGACCGGCCUUUCAGCAAUUGUGCCGUAUUACAACGAAGCAUUGGAGAUGAUUUUAGAUAUCGAGCCUGAAGAUAUUUCGGACGAAGACGAGGAGGAUGGACAAGAAAAAGAGGAGCAAUUCAAGCAGGAAGAGGAGGAAGAAGAGGAUGAUGGAUUUUGGAAGGAAGCACCUCGUCAGCCACGUCACUCUGGAUGGGUGGAUCCAAAUGUAGUGGAGCCCUAUGCAGCCAUGUUGUAUGGGCUGAUUCAUCAACGGUUUCUAGUUACUCGUAAUGGUUUACGAGUGAUGGCAGAGAGAUUCUCGAACGAACAGUUUGGUGUUUGCCCUCGUUAUUAUUGCUACAGAUGUCCUGUAAUUCCGUGCGGCAGAUACGAUGAAGUGGCUCGAGAGAGUGUUCGAUUAUACUGUCCAUCGUGCAUGGACCUGUAUUGUCCGCCCAAUCCCAUAUUCCAAAACAUUGACGGCUCGCAUUUUGGAACGACAUUUGCGCAUUUGAUGUUUGAGACUUACUCUGAACUGAUUCCCAAACCCAAACCCCAUAUAUAUCAGCCACGCAUUUUUGGAUUUAGAGUGAAUGAGAGAUCUCGUGCUGGACCUCGGAUGAAAUGGUUGAGAAUGCGGCCUCAGGAAUACACGGAUGCGGAUGAUGCCAGCAUGUUGGAAGAUGAAGAACAGCAGCAGGAGGUUGAUAAGCCGGCGGUUCCAUUGCAGGCGGUGGAUGAAAAGAUCGAAGAAGGAACAGCAUUGACAGAUCAAGUAGAAGGAUGGAAGGUCAAAGAUUCGAGUUUCAACAGUCUAUUUCGAAGGUUUUUCUAA